AUGCUGGAUGUCCGCACUCAGAGAGUCAUUAGAAUUUCUGGAAUUUGGCAAGGUCUGGUGUCUGCCUGUGGAGCCAAUUGUCGAAACCCGAGAUGUGGACGAACAAUGGCAAGGUAUAGAAUACGGCGAACGUUAACGCCAUUUUUGUUACUAACAGAGCGGCGAACACAGCCAAGAGAUUUGUUGGCUGCUGAGGUUUGUGCAACUACCUGGGACUUCCAUAACAAAGUGUUGGUUACCCGUACUCCAAGGUCACGUUCUUCGUCGAGUCUUCCAAUGGGCUUACCGUUUACAGCAUACUCAUGGAUUAAAGAUGAUUUUUCCGAGUAACUGUCUGACAAUUUGUUUUAAGUUCGUUGAAGUUUAACCCUGAUGAUGCUGAUUAUGAUGAUGUUGAUGAUGUUGAUGUUGAUGAUGUUGUUAGGUAG